AUUCAGUAAAUUACGUAAGUAAAGCGUAGUCCGAGUCUGUGUGUUUCGUAAUAGUAGUUGUAAUACUUAUAUUAAGGUAUAACAACUUAUUUAUUUGCCUAUGGUUAAAAACUACUUCAGCAAGUGCUAUUAUACACAAAGUUUUUCCAGACUACCACACAGUAGACUACUGAAAGUGAACCUGUAUCUUCUAAGAGCUUGACAGUGAUAACGUAUUGAAAUUUGAAGCUUAAUUAAAACUUCACAAGUAAGAGUACCAAAAUCUUUUGAAGUCAGUUUUUUGCUCAGCGUGAGAUUUGAGUCAUUUCAAAAUGAAUAUUCCUAAUGCACCACUGAAGGGAGUCUUUUUCAUGCACUUCAUUUUAUCAGUAUGGGCUCUGCAACAUUCAUGGCUUCCAGUGUCGUACAUGUACUACAAUUUGAUCUUUAUGGCAACUUUGUUGUGGAGUCUUCACUGUAAAGACUCCGAGGAACCCGUGUUUAUGGCCCUAGUGAUUGAUGGAGCUUCUGUUCUGUUGGACAUCAUUGUUAUUUCCGUUUAUUAUCCAUUAUCUGAUGGUUAUUAUAGAGCUAAUUUUCACUUCUGUGCUGGCAUGUGCAUCUUAAACCUCAUUCUGAGGGUAGUGUCAAUUUUUGUUCUGCUGAAAAUCUUUCAUGAAAGAGGCGGUCGCUAUGAUGACCUUGGUAUUCCAGGAAUACCUUCAGGAAAUUACAACGAUAUUGAUCAACACAACCAGCAGAGUGUACCCAAGACAGCAGUCGACACCGGAAGUCCAACACAUGAUUACAUACCAGCCAAUGCUCCACCUCCUUACCAAGGUCCUUAACUUGUGAAUCUUAAUGAACCUUGCCUUGGAUUUCUUAUUUGCAUACAUGUAAAUUUUAAAUACAUAAAAGCUAUUUAACUCAAACUUAUUUCAAGAACAUUAUGCCCAAAAAAAUUUUAACCACAGACCUAUACAAGAUUAUUUUGUUUCAUAUUAGGCUUAUCUCCACUAUAAACAGUGAUUAUUUUUUUAUUAUUAAUGUUUACGAUCAAAACUGAUUUGAUAUUAAGUUAUGGUAAACUGAAACUUGGUAUAACGUUACUGUUAAGACUGCAGUAGUGAGUAUUUAAUAUUCCAUUUCUUAAGUGAACAGAACUUCUUAAGUUCUAAUAGUGGAUCUUCGCAGUAAGCUGACGAUCUCACAAACUUUCUUCUCCAAGCGAGUUAUAUUUUUCAACAUGUUUAAUAUGAAGAAUAAACUCUAGGUAAUUAAAAAGUUCUCGUAAACAACUCUUUAUUAGUUGGUAGCUUGGUCAUAGAAAUGUAUGGGAUAUUGUAGGUGUUAAUUACUGUUGUUUUAUAACAAACAUUGUCACUUUGUAAGCACCUAGUCUUGUAUCUGUGUGCCAGUAUAAUGAUUUUAUGAUAUCUAUAUAUAUAUAUAUAUAUAUUAUGUCUGGAAACUACUUUUGAAUUAAUAUCUCAUAACUAUUAGUUUCAGUCGAAGUAAAGUUGUAACUACCGUAUAUGGGAGUGAAAAGGAAAUUUUAAAGAAUGAGCUUGUGUAAGAGAAUUAAUGUAAUUUGUGUAGCUUAUGUGUGUGUCCUGCGUUGAUGUAGUUUUUGCAUGUUCUAAGUUGUUGUAGUAGUUUGUGUCCUAAGUUUUCAAAAAAAAAACUAAGAAAGAGUAUCAGGUACUUAUAACUAAAAUUAUAAAAUAAUGUGAAAACAAAAGUUGAGAAAGUAUUUUAGCUAACAUCAAAAGGACUUGUUUCUAGUGAAGUGACAUGAAAAAUGAACUUGGAGAGGAUGUCGGGUGUAGGUAAUCAGUAUAAAAGGAAAAAGACCCGAGAAGGUGUGACUGCGUAAACAACCAGAAAAUGAUGAAAAAUUAUCGAGAAAGAGUACAUAAGUAAAAAGAAAUUAUAUAUUUUUCUUUUUGUGUGUUAAUAUUUUCUUCAAAUUGCAGUAAAAUCUCGUACAUUUACUUCUAGAAAACUAAUAUUAAGUCAAAAACAUUACUUAACUUUAGUUCUUAGAACAAGGUAAGGCAAGAUUUCUUUGUGUGAGUUGGAAACAUUUGAAUUUGAUGUUUCAAAACAACAAAAUAGUGUAAUAAAAUUAAUUUUCAUUCUUGUUUAAUGUAAUUGAACAUGAAAAAGAUGUGGAUUAACAACUUAGAUGUUUGUUUACCUCCAUUCUAUUUGUAAGUGGAAUUUAUAUAUCAGUAAAGUUUUCUUACCAUAGAGAGCUACAGUGACUGAUUGAAUAGGUUCUUUUGCGAGCUUAAAAGUAAUUUAAAUAUGAUCUAUUUUCACAGUUAUGAUGCGAUACAUUUCCAAGUAUUAAAAAAUUUAAAAAGGUUCCACUAAAAAGCACUCAAGAAAAAAAUAUGUCCAUUAAAACUGGACAUGACAGAAUAAUUUCACCAACACUCAAAAUACAGAUGUCGGCAGAUUGCCCCCCCAUCAAAUAUGUAGACAUUGGCAUGACUCAAUGCAUUCAUCAUGGAAUACAAGUGAAAUUGCAUGAUUUUUGUGUAUCAUACCUUUUGUCAGAUACACAAAAGUUUGUAUAUAUCGGAUAAAAUGUAAAAGCAGAAGUAUAUGUGCAAGAAAUAAUGAAAAUAUUCUAUUUUGUUGUUUGUUUUAUUCUCUUUUCUGUCUUAAUACGUUUUUCUUUUGGAUGUCUUUAAAUUUCAUACUUGGUUAUUUUCCUAAGAUUUUUCCACUCUAAAGUACCACUUUAUUAAAGAUUUGGACCAAAAAUUUAAUAAAAUGAGUUGUUUUGUAUACUAAAAUGAAAAACUACUUCAAACUGUUUGUCAUUUCAAAAAUACAGAAUAGUUGUUCGAUGUUAGUAUAUGGGACAUUGCUGUUUGUAGCCGACUGCUUUAUUUGUUAAAAAAAACCUUUGUAUAUCAUUUGUAAGGUAUGCAAGAUAUAAAAGCUGAUUAUAUAAAGUUUGUAAAUAAUAAUAAUGAAUUCAACAGCCUUCAUGUGUGCAAAACAUGUUGGUUGUAGGUCCACCUCAGACACAAGAUAUUAACUUCACUCUUAUUUCAGGGAAUGUUAGUUUUUAGCUUUUGGUAAAUAAAAAGUUUUGAACAGUUAGAAUUAACAAAUUUUCUUGUAAUAUUUACAGGUUGUUAUAAAAUGUGUGUGUAUGUGUUUGUUGUGUAGAAAUUGUUUGUAAACAUAUAGCUAGUAUGAGUAAACCUAAAGUUUUCUCUUGUUCUGUGAUACAUGUAAGUGCAUACAUUAAUGAGGGCAGUUAGAUUUUACGAUUGUUGAACACCUUUUAGCAAAUAAAUGGACCUUCUCUCACUUGAUUUUACUUAGUAAAUUGUGUAAAAGGUUUAUUAAAAAAAAAUAUUGCAAAUGUUUUCUACUUAGUGUGUUAAAGAAACAAGAAUAGUUUCUCGGUAUCCAUGGAACAUCUCUAGCGUAAAUUUAUCUUUUCUUUUGACGCAC